UGUCUGUCGUCAACGUUCCACAGCCACAAGCCGAAGCGGCGGCCGGUGGCUCUACGCUUCGACGUCGCCGCAGCAACACCACCAGACAGGCUUCUUGCCAGUUGCCAUGGGGGGCCUUGCUGCUCCUGCAUCCUGAACUAAAUCGAUCUAAUCUGCCCAGAUUCCAUCAUCUGAAGCUUUCGUCAAUGGCGGCGCGCGGCGGCGCGCUCUGCUUCUCAUCCUCGUCCGCCGCCGCCGUCACGUGCAGGAGGGCGGGUGGCUGCAGGCCGGAACCGCCGCGUUUCUUGGUCGUCAGCUGCGACGCCAGGACAGCGGACGUCUACUCCUCCCUGCCCCUGCCAACCAACCAACAGUCGAUGUCGAUCGAUGCCCUCUGCAUGCAGGCCGCGAAGCUGCUGGGUCCUCCCACGACCUUCAACGCGGCGAAGCUCAAGGUUGAGUUCGCCGGGGAGGAUCCGCUGCUGCGGGGCAAGAAGCAGCCUUUCCCCAGAGCCUACACCCUGACCCACUGCGACUUGACGGCCAACCUGACGCUCGCCGUGACCGGGGGGCCCAUGACCAGCGAGCAGCUGCGGAGCUGGCAGUCGACGCUGCAGCGGGACGACGUGGUGGCCGAGUGGAAGGAGGCGGCCGCCGGCGCCGGGGAGAUGGCGCUGCACGUGCAUUGCUUCGUCAGCGGCGCCAACCUCCUGCAGGAGCUGGCGGCGGGUUUCAGAUACUACGUCUUCUCCAAGGAGCUGCCGCUGGUCCUCAAGGCUGUGGUUCACGGCGACGCGGCGCUCUUCUCGGAGCGGCCGGAGCUGAUGGAGGCCAAGGUGUGGGUGCACUUCCACUCCAGCUCCCGCAAGUACAACCGGAUAGAGUGCUGGGGGCCGCUCAGGGAGGCCACCAAGAGGAACCUGCACCUGCUGGAUAGGCGGCUGGACGAACUGCAGAGCGCAAUCACCAGGAGCAGGAGGCGACGCAAGUGGGCGAGCCCAGAGACAAUCUUCAACGCCCUGGUGGCACUACUGCUUUGACAGAUCGAGCAAGGGAUGAGCAUUUCUUUGCAAUCCUUUGCUCUGCUGCUGAAUACUGAUACGGGCAUGUGCAUUCUUCAAUUCUGCUCUGCUCUGCUUGACACCCCAGUUGCCAUUUGCAAUGUGGGUGCUUUCUCCCUUUUUCAGGACUGGUGAUUGCUUGGCUUGCUGCUCCAGUCCAGUAGUAGUUGUCAACAUCAAGUUUGGCAAGCGAAUCCUGUAGUAAUGUACAAUACUGUCGUGGUGUAGAAAACCACAGCCGGCUGGCGGAAUGCACCCGCCUAAUCCUAAGUGUAGGAUGUGCUUGGGAGCAGUCAAGGAAUGCUCGAUCUAGAGGCGUAAGAACACGGAAGCACACAAGGAUUUAGAGUGGUUCGGACCGCCGGAACGUAAUACCCUACGUCUACUGCGUGAUGUAUUGCCUGAGCUUGUGUGCAAGCUAGGGGAGGAGCUAUGGAUGUCUCUGCAUGUGUGAAAACUUGUGAAA